AUGACGGGCCCAGCUCCGGCAUCGCUCAAUCGCCGCUCCUCUACGCAACACUACCAGACCUUCGAUACCCCGCCGCCUAAGUCGCGUGGUCGACCAAACUCGGGCCAGUCCGAGUCCUCUGCAGAUGGCUCUCACGAUCCCCACCAUGAACCCGCCGAACCACCUGGGACGUCAUCUCCGCUGCCAAAAAGGCAGAUGGCAGUGUUGGCUAUGAUUGCGCUGGCAGAACAGACGGCUCUGAAUUCCAUCAGUCCAUACCUCCCCGACAUGGCUUCUACAUUUCCCGAGGUGGAACCGACACAAGUUGGUGUUUACGUGGGGACCAUUGCCUCAGCAUUCGCUUUGGCACAAUUUGCGACGAACUAUUUCUGGGGCUGGUUAUCAGAUCGGGUGGGUCGCAAGCCAGUCAUCCUGCUAGGCACAAUCUUAACUGCGAUGUGUUUCGUCGCAUUCGGGUUUUGCAAGACACUCGGACAAGCAAUUUUGGUGCAAGCUUUGAUGGGUGUUGUCAAUGGCAAUCAGGGUCUGGUCUCCACCUGCCUCGGAGAGAUCACCGAUAGGAGCAACCAGUCCCAGGCCUUCACCUAUCUACCGGUGCUGUAUGGCAUUGGAGGUAUUACAGGUCCUCUCCUGGGUGGACUUCUGAUUAUGGAGACGAACCCUUUCACGGGAAACAAGAACCCAUACCCAUACCUUGCACCGAACCUCCUGUCAGCCGUUGUCCUGAUGGUGGACUUCACCUUGACCGCAUUUUUCUUGGAGGAGAGCCUGGAAGACGCUGAAAGCCUACCUAAGAUCGGUCGGAAAGUACGCAGCCUAUUUACAUGGCUGUGGCAAUUUACCGGGGACUCGCGUCACCCUACCUAUGUGACGACCCCCCAAUCAGUGCCAUAUCCGCACAGCCGCCAUGCCUCAGAGGCGGAGGACCACGACAGUGACCUGGAUUCUGCAUCCGAAGUGUCAAGUUUGCUUGGUCACCACGAGGACCUAAGCUGGGAUGAAAUCUUCAAUCGCGAUACAGUGUUGCUGCUCCUGACUUACUUGAUCUUUGCUUUUUGCAAUGUUUCCUUCAACUCCUUGUUCCCCAUCUUUGCGCAAGCCAAGCCUCCAGCUGGACGGUCACUUACUCCCUCCGAGAUCGGCCUUUCCCAAGGCUUUGCUGGCAUUGUGACCAUAAUUUUCCAGAUUUGCAUCUUCAAUCGCCUGCGUGACAAGAUGGGCAACCGAUGGUCGUACCGUGCUGGCCUCUUUGGCUUUGUGGUCUCGUUUGUCUUGAUGCCCUUCAUUGGUUACAAGAGCAGAUCGACCGACAACCUGACCGGGAAAUCGGCCCUCAUGGCUGUCGAACUUUGCUUUGUGUUACUGGUCAAGACCAUUGCCUCUGUGGGUGGUUUGACCAGCGCUUUGCUCUUGGUUACGAACUCUGCACCAAACCAUGCCGUCCUAGGUGCCCUCAAUGGCCUUGCACAGACCCUCUCCGCAGCGGGACGUGCCGUGGGUCCAUUCCUCUCCGGGGGUCUGUUCUCGCUCACCGCUAAGAUUCAGCCCAAGGGAGAGGCUUUGGCCUUCGGCGUUUUCGGAGCUGUAUCCUUCAUCGGGUUCAUCAUGAGCUUUGGAAUUCGCGGCCGGUCCCUCGAGGCAGAGGGCUGGGGCGAAGAUAGUGAUGACGGAGACAAGUCGGACGAGGAUGAGCCGAACGGUGUUUGA